AUGGUUGUAGUACUAAAGGAAGAUGAAAAGAUUCUUUUCGAGCAAUUCGGGGAAAUUCUCAGCAAGAAUUCUAAUAUGAAGGUUUCUGCCUAUAAUUAUGGCGACGGCCCGACUACCUUUGUGGCAUCAAAGGGCGAAGAAGCGAAACUCUCUGGAGGAUACACGAACUAUUCCGACGAUGACACUAGUGCUAAAAUAGGCUACGUUCGUGUCGGUAUGGACAUGGAUGGAUCAGAUCCAGAUGCAGUCUUCAAGACCGUCGAGGCAUCUACUAGGGCGUCUGUGUACCAUGUCGCGAACAAUAAUGGAAGUCAGAUUACUCAACAAUCUGCUGACAUCUUAUCUGCUAAGGUCAGUACGGGAGUCAGUGGCAUCUCGGGUGGAAAUGAUGGUUUCCCAGUCUAUGCGGGAGCGGAGGCUAAGUUAAACUUUCUCGAACUCAAAGGAAGUGUCUUUGACGCAGAAGUCGGCCUCAGCGCACAGACCGACUUAAGGUUCAAGGACUACUCAAUGGGAGGCCAUGUCUUGGGAAUAGGUUGCACAGUUGGCAAAAGGGUUUCUGUUUCUACCCCUUUUGGAAGUGUUGAGAUGGAUUUUAGUCGGGGUUUUAAUUGA